AUGAGUACUAUUGAAAAACUACUUCCAUCAGAAUUAAAUUUGGUGCAGUUCGAUAAUCCAAAAUUGAUAGCCACCAAACAUAUGCCAACACUUUCAACACAGACCAAACAAGAAAAAUAUUGUUUGGGAAGUAAUGUUAGAUUGAUGGAAGCUGGAGACUAUGUUGAUGAGGCUAAACAGCAUAAUUGUACAGACGUCUUAAAUAGUAUAUUACCACCAAAGGAAUGGGAAAUGGAUGGUAAAAUAUUUUCUCAACAAAUAUCCAUUCAACCAGCCACUAACCGAGAUGUGAAAAAUCUUGUUGAGAAAUUUGAUACAUAUUUAAAAGAAUACAACGUCAAAGAGGUGGGGAUUUGCCCGAUCAAACAAGAAAUAUACAGUCAAUGUUUUAGUAAGAAUGCUUUUAACUACCUAUAA